AUGUCCCACUCUGAUCAACAGUCCAAUAACACUCACCUAUUCCAAUCUCAAGAAAUAGGUGCCGUCCUGGUUUCGAACCUGCGCAAACAGGUUAUGAGCCCUGCCAAUGCAACCGACCUUAUUCCCAUUGAACUACUUGGUGUCCAAAACUAUGAUAUGUGGUAUCAUUACUUUAUGCAAGUAGUUGGUGAAGCCAGUCACAUUUGGUCAGAAUAUGUUGAAACUGGAGAUAUUCAAUCCGUUAGAAUUGAAUAUGGAUUACCUGAUAUUCAAAUCAAGUCUAUGAAAAUAAUCUUAGACACUAAUCUUGUUUCUCUUAUCAAAAAGAAUGUUUCUAAAGAUAUUGAGAAAAAGAUUAGAAACUCCUUCCUGAUGACUAAAAGAUCUGGUCCAACAGGAUUGUUACUUUUAGAGUACUUAAAAAAGAAGUAUGGUAGGAAAUGUGUUAAGUCCACCAUGCCUAUUUUUUCUGAAGUCAACUCCGCCUCCUCCAAACCUUUAGAUGAAAGAGGAGACUGGGCAAUAAAAUUUGUCAACACCAUGUUCAACUGUAGUGAUGAACUUGACAUCAAUAAUUUUUUCGACGAUCCUGCUAUUAAAUCUGCCGUUAGUGCUUAUCACGAGAAACUACAGGACGCCAUCGCUGCUCUGUUGUUGAUGGCUAUUACUCCAGAAUUAAAGCAAAAAUUUAAUGAUUUUUAUGGAUCGAGAACUACUAUUUCUUAUCAUGAAGUAGAAGAUAUGGUAGAGGAUCUGAAGACUACCAAACCUUCAAAUGUUUCUGCUAACGUAGCUGCUUUCUCGGUUCCUUAA